AUCUUGUUCUCGUAUUGUCACCAAACAGCUCUCAAGCUCUCAAGUUUUACUACAAUGUCUCCAUGAUGUUCGUGGACAGCUUCAAAAGAGUGCGUGGGCUCGCCCAAUCACAAUGCGGGGUAGCUCCUCGGCAGGCCGCUGCGCCUCGCAGGAGCUCGUAACAGCCUCCAAGAGCUCUGCACUGCCAACUUCAGGCCACCCUUCCAGGCAACAACAAGGUGUUUACUGCGGUGCCAUUCAUCGAUACCCUUUGCUCAUAAUCAUACCCACUUUCACCACAGCUUCUUGAUUCACACGCAUAGCUUGUAGCACGUCAACAUCUUCGUUGUAUCUACUAGUACCAGCCAGCAUGACGGGCCAUAGCUUCACCGCUGAGUCGGACCUCGCCAGCCACCGGUACUUCGAGCACUCGUCUGCAAAACGCGUCAACACUGAUGUCGUGCUCGUCGAAGCACUGCGCUCACAGUACCCCCAGCUCGAGCUUAUCAUCGCGCCCGUGGUCUUCGUGAACCUCCUCGCCUAUGCCUCGGCCGGCUUUGCGACUGCCACGCCACUCGAAGACAGCGUCAAAGACCCUGUAUACAGUGCUAGUUUGAGAUGGCGCUUCUACAUACCUUCUGGUAGGAGGCUCGACAACGGCGGAGGUUUCAUGGCCGAGACCCUCAGCUUCGGCAAGUUCAUGUACAAGUGGAAGGACCAAGAGGUCAUCUUGUACAUUGCUGAAGGCAGGGACGGCGCUGGCUCCUACCCAAUUUCCAAGAACAACUACAUUCUGACGAGCAAUGCCCACAAAGUUGAUGAGCUGAUCAGGGAUGCUACGGUGUGGGGUCAAGAGCUGCAUAACGAAGUCUGGGUCUUUGACCAGGGUUGGUGGCAGAAGAGCGCACAAUUAUACAACUCAGUGCAAAAUGCUAGCUGGGAUGAUGUGAUCCUUGAUGAGGACAUGAAGAAGGCCCUUCAAGUCGAUGUUGAGAGCUUCUUUGACAGUCGCGAGACGUAUCAAAAACUGAAGGUUCCAUGGAAGCGAGGCAUCAUAUACUACGGCCCACCUGGCAACGGAAAGACCAUCAGCAUCAAAGCCAUGAUGCAUAGCCUCUACCAACGUGGGGCAAAUGGGGACACCAGAAUGGCUGUACCAACAUUGUACGUACGCACAUUGACUUCGUACAUGGGCCCAGAAUACUCGCUCGGUAUGAUCUUCGCGAAAGCACGUGAACAGGCACCUUGCUAUCUUGUUUUCGAAGAUCUCGACUCCAUCGUCAAUGACAGUGUGCGGUCCUACUUCCUCAACGAGGUUGAUGGCCUGAAGUCCAACGAUGGCAUUCUGAUGGUUGGUUCGACAAACCACCUCGACAGACUCGAUCCUGGCAUCUCCAAGCGUCCUAGCCGUUUCGACCGCAAAUAUUAUUUCUCCAACCCCGAUUACGCUCAGCGAGUGCAGUACUGCAAGUUUUGGCAGGGCAAGCUCUCAGACAAUGACGAUCUUGACUUUCCAGACAAGCUGUGCGAUUACAUCGCAGAGAUCACUGAUAAGUUCUCCUUUGCGUACAUCCAGGAAGCUUUCGUCGCGUCUCUACUCGCCAUCGCCUCGCGUAGCAGGAAGGAAAAACAUGAAGUGGAAGAGAACGAGCACCGCUGGGCAGGCCCUCAGGAUCCUAUGCAGUCAGUCUACUUGCAGUCCCGCGCAGUUGGCGGCGGUAGUGAAGACCCCGACAUCAAGCAUCUGGAGCUGUGGGUCGAGAUGCAGAAGCAGGUCCAAAUUCUAAGGGACGAGUUGGAGGAAAAGGAGUUGUCCGAGCGCAUGGAGACAAUGUUCCCUUCGCGGCCGAACAACGCUGCAAACGCUGGGCCCCGCGGCGAGCCUAGUGUGCAGGUAUUGCCCAGCAGAGAACACCUUGAGCUCCUGAAUCAGCAACGUGAUCAGCUUGAUGGAACGUUGCAACAGCAACAGAGGUACAUGGGCAUGGCUGAUCCGAUGAACUCGCAGAACCACGUCACUAAGAGGUACAUGUAAGGCGUGCUUUCGUGACAUAUUUGAAUUUACGUUUCGGAGUAUAUACAUCACAACCAAACUGUCCCAGUUAAUGAAUCACGAUGCGUCAAUGA